AGAGUAGGAAUCCUGCAAUAAUGUGAGAUAAUUAAAUUUAGCCUUAGAAAAAGUCUUUGAAAUGUACUAAUCAAGACUCCAGUUUUCCCGAGAGUAUGCGCGAUUUAUUUUUCAAUUCUUCCUGGUCCUGAUUUUGCAUUUCUAAUGCAAGUGAACUGACAAAGCGUGAAAGUGGGCUAAGGAGCAAAACAAAGCCAGCAAGCAUGCUUCUGGUGUGCCAAAAUUAAUCAAUAUUCCAGAAACCUCGGGGCUCCCCCUUGGUCCCCGUGCCGUUUUCAUUUCCCCUCUCCCCUUUCCCGCGCGCAGGCUCCUCCCCUUUUCUUAAGUUGCCUGAUAGUAAGUUGCAGUUUCAGAGCACAUGCAUAUUGUCAGGGCUGGCCCGCCUGGCGCGCGCCCUGCGCUCGGUCACUCCGUUGUACCUGCUGGGGAAUUCACCUUGUCAUUGCCUGGGGUGCCUUCCACCGCUUACAGGAUCCGAGAAGUUGUGUUCUCUAAGACCAAAGAGGUUUGGCUUUCUGGAGGCAAUUUGGAGACCCUGAAAUAGAAAGAAGAGACUCUCCUAGAAAAGUAAAAUAUGACGAAAAGCAAUGGAGAAGAGCCCAGGAUUGGGGGCAGGAUGGAGAGAUUCCAGCAAGGAGUCCGCAAGCGCACACUUUUGGCCAAGAAGAAAGUGCAGAACAUCACAAAGGAGGAUGUCAAAAAUUACCUGUUUCGGAAUGCUUUUGUGCUGCUCACAGUCACUGCUGUCAUUGUGGGUACAAUCCUUGGAUUUACCCUCCGACCAUACAAAAUGAGCUACCGGGAAAUUAAGUACUUCUCCUUUCCUGGGGAGCUUCUGAUGAGGAUGUUACAGAUGUUGGUCUUACCGCUCAUUGUCUCCAGUCUUGUCACAGGAAUGGCGGCCCUAGAUAGUAAGGCAUCAGGGAAGAUGGGCAUGCGAGCUGUAGUCUAUUACAUGACGACCACCAUCAUUGCUGUGGUGAUUGGCAUAAUCAUUGUCAUCAUCAUCCACCCUGGGAAGGGCACAAAGGAAAACAUGCACAGAGAAGGCAAAAUUGUACAAGUGACCGCUGCAGAUGCCUUCCUGGAUCUAAUCAGGAAUAUGUUCCCUCCAAAUCUGGUGGAAGCCUGCUUUAAACAGUUUAAAACCAACUAUGAGAAGAGAAGCUUUAAAGUGCCCAUUCCGUCCAACGAAAGCCUUGUGAGUGCCGUGAUAAACAAUGUGUCAGAGGCCAUGGAGACCCUUUCCCGGAUCACAGAGGAGAUGGUCCCAGUUCCAGGAUCUGUGAAUGGGGUCAAUGCCCUGGGGCUAGUUGUCUUCUCCAUGUGUUUCGGUUUUGUGAUUGGAAACAUGAAGGAACAGGGGCAAGCCCUGAGAGACUUCUUUGAUUCUCUUAACGAAGCCAUCAUGAGAUUGGUAGCAGUGAUAAUGUGGUACGCCCCCCUGGGUAUCCUCUUCCUGAUCGCAGGGAAGAUUGUGGAGAUGGAAGACAUGGGGGUGAUCGGGGGGCAGCUGGCCAUGUAUACGGUGACCGUCAUCGUCGGCCUGCUCAUUCAUGCCGUCAUCGUCCUGCCUCUCCUCUACUUCCUGGUCACCCGGAAGAACCCUUGGGUUUUCAUUGGAGGGUUGCUGCAGGCACUCAUCACAGCUCUGGGAACCUCUUCAAGUUCUGCCACCCUGCCCAUCACCUUCAAGUGCCUGGAAGAGAACAAUGGUGUGGACAAACGCAUCACCAGAUUCGUGCUCCCUGUGGGGGCCACCAUUAACAUGGACGGGACCGCCCUCUAUGAAGCUUUGGCUGCUAUUUUCAUCGCUCAAGUUAACAACUUUGACCUGAACUUUGGACAGAUUAUUACAAUCAGCAUCACAGCCACAGCUGCGAGCAUCGGGGCGGCUGGGAUUCCUCAGGCUGGCCUGGUCACGAUGGUCAUUGUACUGACAUCUGUGGGCCUGCCCACUGACGACAUCACACUCAUCAUCGCAGUGGACUGGUUCCUGGACCGCCUCCGGACCACCACCAACGUGCUGGGUGACUCCCUGGGAGCUGGAAUUGUUGAGCACUUGUCAAGACAUGAGCUGAAGAACCAAGAUGUUGAAAUGGGUAACUCAGUGAUCGAAGAGAAUGAAAUGAAGAAACCAUACCAGCUGAUUGCCCAGGACAAUGACACUGAGAAACCCAUCGACAGUGAAAGCAAGAUGUAGACUAACA